GCCCCGCCUGCUCUAUCCUGCUCAGUGUAUUGGAGGCUUCCUGCAUUCACUGUUCGGGAACAUGCUGGCUAGGUUGACCUGUGUUCAGGGAUGGCUGCAGUGCUCAGGGCCAAGCCUGGGGAUUUGGUCCCAGCAGAUAUGCAGGUAAGAUAGGGUGAAUGCCAUCUUUAUUUAUGGCUAGAGAACCGAAGACAUGGAACCUGUUUAUUUCUCUAUAAAUUGCACUGCAGAGUAAACAACAUUUAUUAACAGUUGAUGGAAAACUGUAGACACCCACAGUGUUCUCUAAGGCUGAGGGUUAUCUUCCUAAUAUUGUGAAACCAGGCUUUAUAUUGUGAUCUAUUUAUAAAACCGUAUUAACCUGCAGAUUAAAACCCUUAUAGGCAGACAGUGAGUGCUCUGGUAUCUGUAUACUGUACAUGUUUUCGAACUGGCUAAGUAUUGUGCUUUGAUUCUAAUAGCCUUUAGAUUCUAACAGUUUUGUAUCUAUUGUAGAUUCAUAGUUCUAAUCCUAUACCCCAUGCAGCUAUAUUUUGCUAGACAUUGUAAUUAGCUGACAAGUUGAUUAUAAUUUAGUUUAUUAUUCAGCCUGCCUAAUGUUUUGGGUGAUGCUUUAUUUUUCCAGUCAAUCAAUUUCCAGUUAUCUGUGAGGAAUAGGUUAUAUUGGCUUCUGAAAAAUUUAAUGUUUCUGAUGUCUUGGGGAAUUGCAAGCACAUCAAGUGUUUGCAGUAGGCCUGAAUGCAAGGUUGUGUACCAAAAAUACUAGUCAACAUUGCAAUGUGGAAAUCCCUAAGUACACCCAGGUUGCUGCAAAGUGUCACAUACACUCAGAACUAGUAAGCUCAGUUCACAGGUUUUCAAUUUGAAGGCAGAGGUAAAGAAGGAUAAAGGUCGUGUUUGUUUCACAACCAGCAAUAUUAACCAUUACUUAUAUUGGUUUUCAAAGGUAUUGCUUUACCUAAAGGGGGAGGUGUUGGGCUGCACAGUAUAUCACAUUUAUUUGGUUUAUGCCAGAGGUUGGGACUUUAAAUUGGUAGGUUUUAUGUAGGGCAAUAAAAAUGGUGAAAUAGAAAAUUACCUAAGAAACAUUUAAAAAAUAAAAUAUUAGCUAGAUGUACGUAUUGUGCUAGACUAUAUACAUUUCAUUUUAUUCCACUUUCUUUAAGGACACAUGAUGGAAAUAUUCUGUCAUUAUUCCCUUUUAUUCCAGAAGUUGUGUCCUUAAGGGGUUAAUGAGAUUCUACCUGCAUGCUGACAGCACAGAUGUAACAAAAAUACAAAUAUGGUGUCCAAGAUAAUUUGCAGAUUUCGCCACCAGGCGCUAAUUGACAUGACAAUAUUCCCAAAUAACUGGUACUCAGGAGCACCAAUGCCUGUAAUGUUGGAGUCAGUUUGGCGUGAACCACUUUCCCAUCCAAUUGCUAUGGCAGUGUUUUAUAAUGGUAAACCGCAAGGAUUUCUAAGAAAACUCAAAUAUUAAAGGGACAGUAUAGUCACCAAAACAACUUUAGCUUAAUGAAACAGUUUUUUUAAUCUAUAGAUCAUGCCCCUGCAGUCUUGCCAAUUAUCUGCCAUUUGUGUUAACUCACUUUGUUUAUGCAGCCCUAGUCACACCUUCCUGCAUGUGACUUACACAGCCCUCCUAAACACUUCCUGUAAAGAGUCAUCUAAUGUUUACACUUCCCUUAUUGCCAGUUCUGUUUAAUUUAGAAUUCAUUAUCUCCUGCUCUGGUAAUGGCAUGCUAGACCCUGCAGGAACCUCCUGUCUGUGAUUAAAGUUCAAGCUACAGAGCAGGACAUAACUUACCUUUUGAACACCUGAUUGAAAAUGAAACCAUUUUGUUUUCAUGCAGGCUGUGUCAGUCACAGCCAGUUUAGGUGUAGGUAGUGCUGUAUAAAUAAAUAAACCUCCUGAAUGGCAUAUUGAGGCAUGAUCUUUGCACAAAAACUGCUUCAUUAAGCUAAAGUUGUCCUGGUGUCUAUACCAUGGCCCUGUAGCCUUUUUGCUGUAAACACUGCCUUUUCAAAGAAACAUUACAGCCUGGGGACGCCUCCAGUGGCCACUCCUUAGCACUGGAGGUGCUUCCUGGGGCAGUGCUGCACGGAGACUCUGAACUUUCCCCAUAGAGAUGCACUGAUUCAGUGCAUCGCUAUAAGGAAAAGCUGAUUUGCCAGUGUUUGGCUCUGCCACCCCCUUUGCCGAUCUCACCCAAUCCAACGCUUUUCCUAUGGCCAGUGCCAGUGGACUAAAUAAGGUAUUAAUUUUUUAUUAUUUUUCCCUUACCUUUUUAAGGGAGGUGGGGCAAGCUCCCUAAAUGGUGGUUUUGACACUAUAGAGUCAUGAAUACAUAUUUGUUUUCCUGGUUCUAUAGUGUUCUUUUAAUUUAAAGGUCACCCGGUGCUUUUAAUGAUGACACUGAACAUGUUAACACUUUGUGUACAUCUAUAGUCAUACAUCAAUCAGAAAAUAUCACUUUGAUUUUAUAUGCUGUGUUUUGGUUUUACUGUACAUUUCGUUUAAUGCUGAUGAAUUUACUUCAAUCAAAAUAAUCCUUUAGGAGUUAUUCAGAUUCCAGAGACAGCAGUUGGAUUAGAUCUUUGUUUGUGAGAAAAGUGGAUCCUCGCAAAGAUGCACACUCCACUCUGCUGUCCAAGAGAGAGACCAGUGGUCUUUAUAAAAUGCAGUGUAAGUACAUGUUACUAGGGUACAGGUAAAGUACUACCUUUUUUUUUGUGACAAGUUAAUUACUUGAGAGAGUGUGUGUGUGUGUUUUGAGAGAUAGCUAUAUAUAUAUAUAUAUAUAUAUAUGUAUGUAUGUCUAUUGUUUUCAAGUGUGUCCUGAAAAAAAAGUUGCAUUGUUAUAUAGGGUACAAGAUAAUAUUAAAAAUACAAUGUAAUAUUUAAAUACAUAUAUACAUUUAACACAGAACAGGUAGGAAAUAAUAAUUGACCAUAGUUAUAGGUGCAUUCUGUACAGAGAUAUGUUGAAAGGGAUCUCUUAAAGGAUUUUAGUGUGGAGGAAAAUUUAAUUGUGUCCAGGAGGUUGUUCCAUACUUGCGGCCAGGCAUUCAAAGAAUCUGGAAAAUGGCAAGGUUGACACAGUAUCCUUAUUUCAUAGAGAACAAUGCAGUGGUAGUUACCUAUGAUACGAAUAAGGAAUUUCUUUUAGUUUAUUUAAAUGAGAUCUACCCCAGAGGUCCAGGAUGUUGAAUCUCUCUUUACACCUUUUAAAAAAGCAAUGAGAGAAUUGACACAAAAUGGUUUGUUGCAGUCAUAAUACAUUAUUAAUAGCUCAUCUUUCAAAGAAUGGGGGAAUCACAAAAACAUGGCCCAAAGAGAGUAUGACUUGGAGUGGGAUGAAAUCGAGGAGGCUGCGGUAAAUGUUUUGUUCUUUAGUGUUUUGGUUUCUGUUUGUUUUUUUUGUUUUUUUAUAUACAUUUCAUAAUUGAAUCACUACACUUAACAUUAUUCAAAUGUUUCCUUUGGUGAAACUGAAUUUAAAAAGUUAUCAACAUCACCUGCACAAGGUAGUGAGCACAGACAUUUUAAGAUUCACGUUUUAGUGAUUCAUUGUUCAUGAGCCUGCAGUUAAAAAAAAAUUAGUCUGCACUUGACACUGUGUCCAUGUUGAAGUUCAUACGGACUCUCCACAUAAAUGUAAUUUGAAAAGAAAUAAAUGCAAGCACCAACGGAAUUAUAGGAAAAAUAUCUUUUUAAUUUUGUAAGUUCGUUUAAAUUCAGUGUCAAGAAGAUUUGAAAAUUACAAAAUACUAUAAUUGCCCUAGUUCCAUCCACAUAACUUUAUACACAGCAAUACAUCCUGUGGAAUCAAAUGCUCCACUCCAGUUACACUCCAAUGAAUCUUGUUCUACAGGAGCUAAAUAAAGUGUGGGGUGGGGGGGGGUGUAUUUAUUUAUUUUAGUAACUUAGGAAAAAGUAGUCACUAGUAACAAAAGGGUGUGCUCGGUGUUGGACAGUCUGGGGAAUUACUCUUUGGACCAUUUGCUGCGCUUAUGGACUGUACUAUGAUUUUGUUUUGCAUCAGCGCUAGAUGGCAAUAAAUAAAUACUUCACAGGAAUUAAUAAUAUAAAUUGAAGACCAACAAAAGAUGCACUGAGUCCUGCAUCCUAUCCCUGUAUGGAAGACUAUGUAGUACUGACAACUGGCUGUCAGUAUGUCACAUGACUCUAAUCUCAUGUGAUCUUGUUAGAAGGGAAAAUGAGUUGUAUACUGCCUUUGAAAAUUCAAAGAGAGCUUAUAAAAAAUAUAUAGAGUAUUUUUUUUAAAUACAUUUUAUUGAAUAUUAGGAUCUAAAUAUUGUUUUGUCUGUACAUAUAAAAUAUACUGCAUGUGUAUUGAUGCAAGUGUCCUGCAUGCUGAGUGUGUGUGUUUUGUGUUUUAUUUCUUUUCUCCUGGCAUCCCUGCACUAACUCCUCUCUGGUCUCUUUCAGUUCAUAAUGUGAAACCAGAAUGCCUGGACGCUUAUAACAAACUGACGUGAGCAUAGUUUAAACUCCCCUGUGUUGUGUCUUUAUAAGGGGUAGGGUGCUGCUCUGAACCUGUUUUUACUGUUUCUUAUCUUUAUUUACAAGGAAAUCACUGCCAUGCUCCAGAUUAGGAUGAGAUACAAUUCAUUUCCAUAAACUCUUGAGCUCUUUCCUGAAGUUCCCUAUUGCCCAAACUGGAUAUUCAAAUUUUAGACAAGAUCAUCGCUUGAAAAGGCUUAAUUCACUACAAAAGAUUAGAGCGAAUAAAGAGUAGGGGUAUGUCCUAUUUUUGGACUACAUUUGCACUAAUUAACUGCCAGCCUAUUGGAAUUGGAGCUCAACACUUGGUAGGAGUGACAAGGUUGAGAAUUAUGAGACAUUUUGUUAGCGGGAAGGCAAAGUCUGGGCACCAGUGCUAUGCAAGAAGAAGAAAAAAAUCUGUGCGGAAGUUCUUGCAGUGAGAGUGUGCUUGGUGGCAUUGCUGAUUACUUAUUUUGAAGUGUAAUUACCAGAUUUUACAAUUUAUGUGACGUAAAAUCAUGGUGACUAUUAUGCAUAUCUACAUCUUCCAUGUAUAUACGUGUUUUCAAUGUGCAAUCAGAGAGCACAAAUGUAGUCCCCUUCUGGUUAACACUAGGGAUGCACUGAAAUGAAAAUUCUAGGCUGAAACCGAAAAUUCAGGAUGCACUUGGCCGAAAAUGACUAUUUUCCCCAAAAGUUUUUUUGUUUUGUUUUUUUUUCAAUAAUUUUAUUAAUAUUAGACUUUUUAAUGAAUUAUUUUAUAACAAGAUAAAAAGCCUUGCUAACAGGUGAAACGUGUUAGUGUUUUAUACGCCCUUUUGCUAUAUUGUUUAUUUUAUCAUUUUUUUUUUAUUUAUUUUUUUCUUGUAAGCAUUUAGACCACUUAGCAUGGAUUGAUGCCCUGUUAUUGCUUGUGAAUGCAUUAAUGCAUUCUCAGAGCUUUCCUUGUAAAAAUAGAUGAGGACACACACAAUACAGCUGUAAUAGGCAUCUCAUUCACAUGAGCGAAAAAUAAAUAAAUGGAAGCUGCUUGACAAAUUCAAUAUAAGCUCCUGGAAGUCUCACAUAAUUUUGUGCUCGGGUAGAUCUCGACUGCAUAUUUUUGUUUUGUUUUUUUUCUAUUCUUUCUCUCAUGUGAAUGAUAUUUUGCAUAUGUGUGCUUUGCACAUGAUCGAGCAGCAUUACAUUAACAUCCGUGAAGAAUUUGCAAGCUUGUGCUUACAUGUAAUGUCAUUAAGCACAUGCUCAGUAAUACUAAUAAUAAUUAAUUACAUUGAAAGAAUUGAGAGACCAGGGAUUUGCAUGUUGCAAUUUUCCUGUAGCAGCAAUGCGGACCAGGUAUUAAUUAUGAGAUCUCAUUACUGGUUUUAACAGUUGUCACUGGAGGAUUUGCCACAUAAUACAUCCACAUGUGCUUAUAAAUAAAAAGGGAAAGCUACAAAAACAAGUGACACUGAAAAAGUAUGGUGAAGGGGAAAACAAAUAGUUUUGGUUUGAUAUAUCAUUUCUAAAAAAAAAAAAAAAAAAAAAAAUUUUGGCUAAACCUUCCCAUUUGUAAAGUGUGUUUUUUUGUUUUUUUUUAAUUGUCUGUUUGGCCUGUAAUCAUUAUUAAAAUUGUUAAUGGUGGAUUUGUAAUAUGUAUGGCUUGCUGAAUAUUGAGAGCACCUAUUCAUUUUUUGUGCAUGCGAGCAGAGAGGAAGUACUGCCGAAACUGCAUCUUGACCCGGACUACCCAUGUGAUCUAGUGGGUAAUUGGAAUACGUGGUAUGGGGAGCAGGACCAGGCAGGUAAGCUUAAGCAUGAUGAGAGGGUUUUGGUGUGUGUGUGUAUGUAUGUAUAUGUAUAUAUGUGUGUUUAUAUAUUUAUAUUAAGACAUUUUGGUUGCAGUUCACCUGUGGCGUUUCUCUGGGGGUUACCCUGCGCUUAUGGACUGUAUGAAUAAGCUGCGAAACAAUAAGGUAAAAAGGUAGUCUCUAUAUAAACAAUAUGUGUGCUGAACAAAUGUAUCCCAAUUUCAGUAGGGAAUAUUCUCCUUUUCCGGAAUGUUGUUUAAAAUCUUUAUAUUGUUUGUGUGUGUGUGUGGCUGUGUAAUUUCUUUAUUUAAUUUCAUUCUUGCUCAUCUGUGUCUGCCUCUGAACUCUACAUUGUUUCUAGUUGCACAUUGCAUUGUCCAAAAAAAUGUGACUACUGUCAUUGUAAAUAGUUAAUAAGGAUCACUGGCAGCUAUAUGACAUGCAUUCUUUUGUAUCGAUUUUAUGAUCAUUGUGUAUAUGCUAUGCUGAACAAUUUCCCUUUUUGAGGUUUGUUUUUAGUGUAUAAAUUUGUAUUGUUCCUGCAGGAAUACAUAGAUUUCCGAAAAGAGCGCAGUCAGAUGCUCAUCUCCCGGAGGAACCAGCUACUCCUUGAGUUCAGUUUCUGGAAUGAGCCUGUACCUCGGAAGGGACCCAACAUCUAUGAACUGCGUACCUAUAGACUGAAGGUGAGAUGUUCUCUGUUUGCAGGGUGUGACAAGGGUGGUGAAGGAUGAGAAACAGUUUGCCAUGGAAACCUAAAAUAAUACAGACAUCUUGCCUUUCAGCCAGGGACAAUGAUUGAAUGGGGAAACAAUUGGUGAGUAGUAAUCUGUUACGUGUUUAAUCUCUUAUGAAUUAUCCCAUAUUUUGUCUUUCAAUCUAAUAAUGAGAGUACAGGUAAUGCUGUAAAGGGACAGUACAAAUUAUAAUCCUAUUUUCUUUACUGCUAGUACUGCUAGUAUGAGCACAGUAGACAAUUCUUGGAUAAACAUUCCAAUAUAGUUAAUAUAUUAAUAAAAGGCUCUCUGGCACUAAAUUAGCUUUGACGGAGGCUGUACGACGUGCAGCACAUCUUCAUAGAUGUUAGAAGAAAAACAGGACAUGCAUGUACAUAUAUCAUGUUUUGGUCUGUAGUAUGUGCAUGCUUGUGUAAUAUUAAAAAGAUAUAUAUAAUGUCAAGAAACCCCACCAUCUGUAGUAUAUUUCUUUAACUUCCUUCCAUUAGCCUAUCUGACCAAUUUCUCUUUCCUUUUAGGGCUCGUGCAAUCAAACAUCGUCAGGAGAAUGAGGAAGCAGUAGGUGGAUUCUUUUCUCAGAUCGGAGAACUAUAUGUUGUGCACCAUCUUUGGGGUAACUAUGCAAACAUUCUAGACAUUAAAAACUUUGUUUUUUGUUAAUGAAAUGUUACUAUGCAAAACAGAUCAAUUAGUUUGUCCCAAAUAAUCUAAUUAAUGCAGUACAAGCAGGUGCUACGUAAAAGUGUUUGGCGAUACUCAAAAAAUGUUAACUGAUCAGUGUGUGCUUGCUAGAAAGUAUGUAAACAAACCAUAUUAAUUAAAUUAACCUCUUAAGGACACAUGACAGAUCACUCAAACUGAGCAUUAAAGUAUUUUGUAUAGUUAAAUCUAUGCACUUUCUUACUUUUUCUCAUGUUAGUACCUUAGUGUAAUUUGUCUGAAAUUAUCAUUGAACUUUUAGCUUACAAAGAUUUACAAUCCAGAGAAGACACUCGAAAAUCCGCUUGGACCAAAAGAGGAUGGGAUGAGAAUGUGUAUUACACAGGUAAUCUACCAUGCUGAAUUAUUAGGUUGAUUACUUCUGGUUAUGAGCAUGACUCCACUGACUUUCUUUUUUUCCCAGUGUACUUUAGUACCAGCAUCAUAGCCUCUCUUAGACUAGCAUUAAGCUUAUUGACCCUACACUCAAGAAUAGAAUAAUAGUUUCCUUAUACAGCACUUCUCAGUAGCCACAAUGCUAUAUUUGUACACUAAUUCAUUUAGCAUUUGGUUUAAUGUUGAGGAGGCUUCCCAGCAUCAAUUAAUGAAACUUUAUACGGGAUUAGGGCAUUUUGUUUUGGGGGUGGGGGGAGGCAGUAAACUGGUUAAAUAGCUAAACCUUCACAUUUAUUAUUUGACAGUUUGUGUUUUUUUUUUUUGGGGGGGGGGGAGGUUUCUGACCACCCAGUCAGUUGUAAAUUAUAUAGCUGUGUUAAAAUGAUUUCCACUCUGCUUCUGUGCAACCUUUCCUCUUACGAAGUGGUUAACAAAUACAUUUUCACUGCUCUACUUUUACUUCUUAAAUAAAAACAAAAAGAUAUUUCCUGAAAUUGCAUCUGUAUUUUCUGUGGUUGUCUUUGUUUUCAUGUUUAUAAACAUGUUUGUUUUCUAUUUUUAUUUUUAGUCCCCCUGGUCCGGGAUAUGGAAUCUCGUAUCAUGAUUCCAUUAAAGAUUUCCCCGCUUCAAUGACGACACCUGCCUCUAAGUUAAAUUUCUCCCUGGAACCAAGAUUCAGUAAUUUGACCAAAUCACACCUCUGUGGUUCUUUUAGGACUGUUACAUGGAGAAUGAGCAGUUAAGACAUCUCACUUUACACCAUCUUUAAUAGCAAUUUAAACAUGGUAUAAUUCCCAGACAUCCUGGUCUACAAGCUAUUUUUUUUUUUUUCUUUUUUUGUUUGUUCCUCAAGCACUUUGUUGUGUGUUUUAGAUGAACAGGACACAUGUCUAGACUAGAGGAACAAUGUGUGUAGAUAUUUACUUCCUUUUUAAUGCUUUUCAUGAUUUUCUCAUGUAAUUACUGAGUUAUAUUAAUGUAACUCCCUGCUUUAACUUGUAAGUUGACCAAGUGUAAAAAGAAAACCAGUAAUUGAUACAACUUAUGAAAUACUCAAUUCUGUUUUGCUGGAAUAACACUAGAAAUGGCUGUCUGCUGUGUCCUUUAUUAUUAUUUUUUAUUUAUUUAUUUUUUUAAGUGAUACUUUUAAGUACUUAAACAGUAUUUCAAAUAUGAGGUCUGUUUUACUAAACAAAAUAUUUAAAGUAAAUUGAAAACCCAUUGUCAAAAUGUAGGCCAAAAUAGCAAAGUUGGAAAAAAAUAUCUCAAUUGAAUAUUUCUUACAACUUUAGCAUUAUUGCAUAAAGGUAAAUUUCCGUUUUCAUUGCCCCAUAGUUGACAUAUAAUUAGAUGAACUCAAUUUUAUUUGUACUUGAUUGCCUGCUGUACAGCAAAGGAAACGCAUUACUGUGAUCAUCUCAUUAUUCUAAGUGUAGGUUUACAGGAGAGUUUCUGAAGAUGUUUUGUUCCCAUUGGCUCCUGUAAUGUUUUACAGACAAUGUAAAUAAAAAAAAAACUACAUUGCACGUAGACUUAUUUAAUCAUGUGCAGGGGAAGGCAACCUUCGGCACUCCAGAUGUUUUGGACUACAUGUCCUGUAAUGCUGGCAAAGCAUCAGAGAUGUGUAGUCCAUCUGGAGUGCCAAAUGUUGCCUACCCCGAUCUAGUACAUAGAGUAACCAGAUUUUUGGAUAAAUGGUUUUGAGUGCCUUCUCUACGUGUGGGUUUUUUUUUUUUUUUUUUAAACUUCAUAGGUGAAUAAAGAACUAUUUAUGCUUUCUGCUACGAAAGUGAGAAACUCUUUG